GGACCUGUUGGUAACCAACGAUUUUUCCCACAAGAACCUAGAUGGAGGUGACACCUGCAAGUGAAAUGUCCUGGGGUGUGAAUCAGAACGCGCUUCGAAAGGCCGACAACGGAUGAAUCUAUUUGCGAACGGUCCAGGGUGUGCCCCGCCCCUUGGAAAAGAAGAUGGAUGAAUGUAAUCAUGUCCAGGUGACUUCCCAUCAAAGCCUAAAUCCUUCUUCAACACUCCCCAUCACCACUUGCAGACUUUCAGAUUGUGAGUGUGCGUGAGAGAGAGAUUUAGUCACCACGGCGACCCUAGCGCCAGGCAUGCGUGACAUCACGCCGCCCAAUCUCUAUAAAAGGCCGGCCGGGACCUCGAUCCUCAGACGCGUCCCGGCUGGGAGUUACGUUUUUUAUUUUUACUCAGAGAGGAUUUUCCAUUGAUUAGUCAUUGACAACCGACUCGAGAUUGGUCGGGAUUUGGGGACGCGUAUCGAAACGAAAACGAGUGUCAGCUUCUGGCCAAUCACAGUGCAGCGUUACUGACCUGAAUAUGGAUGCUUCAGCCGUUUCCUUUCUCUCCUUCCUGGUCCUUAUCUUCAUCUUCACCGCCGAGUCCAGGCCGGCACCUCAGAAGCAGGAUGUCAAGGCCAUGACCGCACUGUUUGGAUCGAGGCUCUCUUCUCUCCUCAUGGCUACUCCGCUCCCAUUCGAGGGCUCUGCACAAGGCCCGGUGGUCCCCCCAAAACAGGAGGAGGCUGUGGGUGCACGCUUACUCGUCGACGUCCUGCGGCGGCACGCCAAGAUCAGGCGACGCGGUGGGAAGUGGACGUCGCUUGGAGGACGAGGAUGCUUCGGUUUGAAGAUGGAUCGUAUCGGCGCAGUUAGUGGACUGGGAUGCUGAACUCUGACAUGCUACCUCUGACCCCUGGCAAAAGCUGCUAGAAGACUGUCUGUGUAACAAGACAAGCAUGUGUUAAACAUGUAUAUUUGUUGACAAGUUGUUGUUCCGUGACAACAUUCCAUUUACAAGUGUGUAUGUGUACCUGUAUUAAAGAAGAGAGUUAAUUUGUUCAUUUAA